GGCGGGGCCAGAACGAAGCCAAGAUGGCGGCCAGCGUGGCGCGGAGGUGCCCGUGGGGCCCGGCGCGCAGGCUUGGCCUGCUCGCCUACCGCAGCUACAGCAGUAGCGGGAACAGCUAUCCGAGUAUUCCGCUGACAGCACCUCUGCCUGGGGUGCCGAAGCCUCUCUUUGCGACUGUUGACACACAGCAGGGCUUUGAGACAAAAGUGACCACGCUUGAGAAUGGACUGAAAGUGGCUUCACAGAAUAAAUUCGGCCAGUUCUGUACUGUUGGGAUUCUUAUAAACUCAGGAUCAAGAUAUGAAGCAAAAUAUGUUGGUGGCAUUUCUCAUUUUCUGGAAAAGCUGGCUUUUUCUUCCACAGCUCAGUUUGGCAGUAAGGAUGAGAUCCUUCUCACUUUGGAAAAACAUGGUGGUAUCUGUGAUUGCCAGGCAUCAAGGGAUACUACAAUGUAUGCAGUUUCUGCAGAUGUUAAAGGCCUGGAUACUGUAGUUAGCUUGCUGACUGAUGUGGUUCUACAGCCCAGGUUGUCAGAUGAGGAGAUUGAGAUGACUCGUAUGGCAGUUCGCUUUGAGUUGGAGGAUUUAAAUAUGAGACCAGAUCCAGAACCAUUACUCACAGAGAUGAUUCAUUCGGCAGCUUACAGAGAAAACACUGUGGGAUUGAGCAGAUUCUGUCUACCAGAGGACAUAGAGAAAAUUAAUAGAGAAGUCCUGCAUUCAUACUUGCAAAAUUACUACACACCUGACAGGAUGGUUCUGGCUGCUGUUGGGAUUGAGCAUGACAGGCUUGUGGACUGUGCCAAAAAGUACCUCCUGGGAACCGAGCCAGUAUGGGGAAGUGCGUCAGUAAAGGAGGUAGACAAGUCAGUUGCCCAGUACACUGGUGGGAUCCUCAAGCUUGAAAAGGACAUGUCUAAUGUGAGUUUGGGACCCACUCCAAUUCCAGAAUUGGCCCACAUCAUGAUUGGGCUGGAAACCUGUUCAUUUCUGGAAGAAGACUUCAUUCCCUUUGCUGUCUUAAACAUGAUGAUGGGUGGAGGUGGAUCUUUUUCUGCUGGAGGGCCAGGCAAAGGCAUGUUCACUCGGCUGUAUCUCAAUGUGCUCAACCGGCAUCACUGGAUGUAUAAUGCCACCUCAUACCAUCACAGCUAUGAAGACACAGGUCUCCUGUGUAUCCAUGCCAGUGCAGACCCAAGACAGGUCCGAGAAAUGGUGGAAAUAAUUACUCGCGAGUUCAUUUUAAUGGCAGGAGCAGUGGGAGAGGUUGAGCUUGAGCGAGCCAAGACCCAGCUACAGUCCAUGCUUAUGAUGAACCUGGAAUCCCGGCCAGUGAUCUUUGAGGAUGUUGGGCGGCAGGUGUUGGCAACAAGCACACGGAAGCUGCCUCACGAGCUCUGUGUUCUGAUAGGCAAAGUAGGAACAGAAGACAUCAAGAGAGUGGUGACAAAGAUGCUGCAUAACAAGCCAGCAGUGGCUGCACUGGGGGACUUGACAGAGCUGCCCAGUUACGAACAUAUCCAGGCAGCCCUUUCCAGUAAGGAUGGGCGACUCCCACGGCUAUACCGGCUCUUUCGUUAAAGCUGCAAACAAGGAUUUCCUGUGGCUCAGAACAGGAUGCCGCUCGGCUCAUGCUCCAGAGCUGCUCUGGUGUGUCGGCUUGCGGCCCUGCAGGACUUCUAGGGGUGCUGAGAGAGCUGCCUUGGGUGCUUCUGGGAUUUGAGUUUUCAACCAUGGUAACAGCUUGUAUCAGAUGACCGUGAGCCAUUCACCAGGACUUGUUGCUCACCAUGGGAAAAAAUGCCAAUAAACUGUUCAGUGGGUUAGGCAUCCUGUAUCAUCUUGAUUUUACUUGUCCACAGAAAAGACUUUCUGAGGCUAGCACUAAAAAGUAGGUAGUAAACCAAUCUUCCUUUAACCAUCAGAAAAUCACUGUUAUUGUUCUUUAUAGAAUAGUGUAGGGAUUUGAGCAAACAUGCAUGUGAAAUCUAUAUAGGUAAGAUAAUAUGCAUCUAUACAUUAAGAUGGGAUCAAAUUAACCAGCUGUAACCUUCAGCUGACGCCAAGGAAGACUGAUGUCCAAAAAUUGGGAGGAAGCAUUUUGAAUGAAGAGCAGGGUAGUGUGUCAUUUUUGUAACUAUCCUUUUUAUGUACUGGUUGAUGUUUAUUGCAUCUUUAAACUUUCAGAGUGCAUUCAGCUUACACAAAGGUAGGUUUCUGUCCUAAAUCUCAGCUAUAGGAGUGUCUGAAGAAGGAGCUGGGUCCCCUGUGAAAGUGUGGGGUGUCACUUUUGUCUUGUGUGUUGUUGCAGAGUGGAAAUAAAUCAAAAUAAGUAUGUGACACU